AUGGGAACCUCAAGCUGCCAUUCAUCGUCCUUUCUUCUUCCAGCUCUUUUACUUCUUCUUCUGGUCCUUCUCUGUUUCUCUCCCUUUAAUAGCAACCAUUUCACUCAAUUUGUAACUUCUUUCUCGCCUUUCAGUCUAGGACAGACCAACCAUACAACAACACCACACGUUUCCCUUGAUGGGUUUUUAUCAACUUCCAUGUAUAAAAGCAGUAAACAUAAGGCUGCUAUCAUCAAAAAAAAGAGCAACUCUGAGAGGAUUGAAGAAGAUUUAGCUAGAACACGAGCAGCCAUUCUCAAGGCAGUUCAAUUGCAAAACUUUACAUCAGAGAAGGAAGACAUUUUUGUUCCAAGAGGGUCCAUUUAUAGAAAUGCAAAUGCUUUUUAUCAGAGCCAUACAGAGAUGAUAAAAAGGUUCAAGGUGUGGACAUACAGGGAAGGAGAGCUACCUCUAGUCCACAACGGGCCAUUGAACGAUAUAUAUGCCAUAGAGGGGCAGUUCAUUGAUGAAAUGGAGAGCAAGAACAACCCUUUCAGGGCUCGCCAUCCUGAUGAAGCGCAUGUAUUUUUCUUGCCCAUUAGUGUAACAGGAGUGAUUCACUAUGUUUACAAGCCUAUCACCUCAGUUAAAGAGUAUUCUCGUGAUCGAUUGCAACGAUUAGUGCUGGACUAUAUCAACACCGUGGCAAGUAAACAUCCAUACUGGAACAGAAGCAAUGGUGCGGAUCAUUUUAUGGUUUCAUGUCAUGACUGGGCACCGGAAGUUUCACAAGCCAAUCCUGAACUCUUCAAGAACUUCAUCAGGGUCCUUUGCAAUGCUAAUACUUCUGAGGGUUUCAGGCCCAAAAUAGACGUCUCGUUGCCUGAAAUUUACCUACCUUUCGGAAAACUUGGGCCACCCAAUCUGAGCCAGGGUCCUAAUAACCGGCCUAUCUUGGCAUUCUUUGCGGGUUCAGCUCAUGGAUACAUCAGGAAAAUCUUACUCGAGCAAUGGAAAGACAAAGACAAUGAAGUCCAAGUCCAUUCUCGCCUUCCUAAGGGUGUAAACUACACCAAAAUGAUGGGGCAGAGCAAGUUUUGCUUGUGCCCAAGUGGGUUUGAAGUGGCCAGCCCAAGAGAGAUUGAAGCAAUCUAUGCAGGGUGCAUCCCAGUCGUAAUAUCAGCCAAUUAUACAUUACCCUUUAGUGACGUCCUCAAGUGGAGCCAAUUCUCAGUACAAAUCCCCGUGGAGAAAAUACCAGAAAUUAAGACCAUUCUGCAAGGGAUACCAAAUAGAAAGUACUUGAAGAUGCAUGAGAGGGUGAAGAGAGUACGCCGGCAUUUUGAGUUGAACCGGCCAGCUAAGCCAUUCGAUGUAAUUCACAUGGUGCUUCACUCCGUAUGGCUAAGGAGGCUCAACUUCAGGUUGUCUUCUUGA